AUGGUUCCAUACCAUCAUGGUACAUCUCCUAAUGACUUUCUGCUCAGUCUAAGUUCAGUGCGUGAAAGAUGUUACAAAGUCCAAGAAGCUGCUGCUCGGAACCGCCUAAAGCAUUUUGAUAUUGAUCAAUCAAAGUUGGAUGAAAUGGUUCAGUUCGUCAUUCUCAUCAUCAAGAGAGAUUACGAUACUCCCUCGGAUAUCCCACUGUACAGUAGAUGGCGUCAUUUUGAUAUUGGUGGAAGACCUCGUCUUAAUAACCUCCUACAAACUUGGGCAAGCCUGGGUCAAGAUGCAUUGGAGCAAACCAGAAAGCUGAUUGAUAUCUUGGUCAUUGCAGUGCUCAUGGACAUAAAGCCAUGUCAGACUUGGACUUACACUGAGAAAUCUACGGGUAGAGUUUUCAAGAGAAAAGAUGGCAUUGCGGUGGCUAUCCUAGAGUUGUUUGUGAAUGGCACAUUUUCAAGUGAUCCCACACAGCCUCAUCGAGUUGACUCUGAGGCGUUGGUCAAUCUCUCUUCCAAAACGCUUCGUGAUGGCCUCCAAUUUACUGAAACAAACUCGUUUGUUGGUAUCGAUGAACGCCAUGAGGUGCUGAGCAACCUUGGUAUGGUGCUACAAAACCGUAAGGAUUACUUUGGUAAUAGUUUACAGAGACCUGGUAACUUGAUGGGUAAGUUGGUAUCAUGCUUGUUUAUUUGUAUCAUACCUAAUCUUGCUUUGCCUCCUUACGAAAAUCCAGAUUAUUUGCUUGAUCAUCCCACCACCAUCAAGACCAAGAAGGGCCCUCUCAUCAGCAUUGAAACAUUAUGGCCUGUUGCCCUCGAAAUGGGUGAAAUCUGGGCAUCUGAAGAUAAUGUUGGCGGAACCCCUGGUUUGGGUGAUGUUUGGCCAUGCCCUGCUAUUUCCAAUGAUGAUAGCAACCUUGUAUCUUUCCAUAAGCUCUCUCAAUGGCUUGUCUACUCUAUGAUUGAACCUAUGGAAAAGCUGCUCGGCGCUACUAUUGAGGGCACUGACCUGUUAACACCGCUUCCCGAUUACUGCAAUGGUGGAUUUCUUAUAGAUUUUGGCUUUCUCACCCUGAAACCCGCUGAUUAUGAACGUGGGAUCAAGAACUAUCAUGCAAAUUCUCUCUUACCUUAUCAGCCCAAGGUGGAGGUUGCUCCGAUGUUUGAUAUGUCGGACCCUGUGGUCGUUGAAUGGCGUGCAUUGACUGUAGCCUACCUCGAUCUCAUUGCUGAACGUGUUCGUCAAUCAUUUAGAUUGAGCAAGAAGUUGCUUUCUUUGAGCCAACUUAUUCAAGGCGGCACUUGGAGUGCUGGAAGAGAACUUGCCGAGAUUUCAAGACCAAACACACAUGAACCACCCAUUGUCAUCAAGAUUGAUAAAAGAGUCAUAUAUUAG